CCGCGUGAGCAACUCGGCAGAAAUCGACACCACAAGCCGCCUCGACACCGCACCUCUGACUCGCACGGUUCAACGUACACUCUUAAACAUCCACGCCAGCCAUGAAUCGGACAUUUUCAUCACGGGUGAUGACGUCUUCUAGAACACAGCACUGGCUACCGGGAGAGAAAGGAGGAGUCCCCGAGAGCGACUCGCGGCACUCCUCCCUGCAGCUCACCCUUCAGCUCGCCAAGCAGCUGCAAGCGAUGGGGACACAACUCAUCCCGGCGUUCGGCUCCAGCGAGGAGGUGGAGGCCGGCGACUGGGCGCAUGACAUGCGCGCCGCCGGCGUGCCCCUGCUCUCUCGCAGGAGGUCCUUCUUCCCGUGGGCCCAGAGCCAUCAGAAGCGGCUCCUCCGUGACGCCGGGGCGCUCGCCUUCUUCCUCGACUACCUGCGCCGCCUGCUCACCGAGCGGGCUCAGCGGCAGCCGGAGCAGCGGUCGACGCUCGCCUCCCUGCGCGGCACCGCGCGCUCGCUUGAGGCUCUGCUCGAGCACCUCUGCAGCACCCUGCGCCUCGCCGGGCAGACUCCCCGCCAGAUCCAGCUGCAGCUGCUGCACGCGCCGAGUCGCGACGAGCAGGGGAAUGAUGCUGCUGAUGAAGAGGAGGAUGAAGAGGAGGAGGAGGAGGAAAAGCAGCUAAAGUGCGCACUUAAGAUCCCCGCCGUGGUGAUGCUCCACGAGUUCCAGGCGUGGGUGGAGCGCACGGUGCGAGACCUCAACACGGCCUGCAAGAACCACCACGAGAUGGUGUAGGGGAUCUGGCCGUGUGUCGACUGAUGGUGUAGGAGAUUUGGCUGCUCCAUCAUUACCACCACCACCACCAUCACCCGUUUGCUUUGCUCUUAAGUCAACCUCCUGCAUGCGUUAUUAUUGUCGUUUACCUCCACUGCAAACCUGAUCAGCUGUCAGAGCCACUUUACAGGUGGCUGAUGAGGCUGAUAUUGGUUGAUUGGUUCAUAAGAAUCGCGAACGUUUAACGUAAUUAUUACUACUGCGGUAUGCAAUUCUAUGUAUAUUUAUUAAUUCCGUGUUUAGGAAUUACAUUGUAUUGUUUAAUGCGGGUGUGUGUAAAUGCAGGGGCAGAUGCAUUGACUGAUGUGGCGGCAUUUCACCUUUGCCCUUAAUUUAUUUUUUGUAUUUUGAACUUUAAAGGCACGUGCACAUGUAUUCACACUAACUUUCCAUCAAUAGAUGUAAACUAUCGUGUGUCGUUGCCUACUGUGGAUUACAACCGUUACGAUGUAAAUUGAAAACUGAGUUUAAAUUGGCACUUGUCUAAAUGCACACUGGCACGUGUCAGUAAACUUUGAGGGUCCAUUUCUUAUGAUAAGAACUUACUGCGAAUGAGAACGUUUUGCACUCGAAUAUUGCAUAUUCGUUUGAGCUAUACUGUGUUGUUGGUUAAAAACAUGUUCUUUCUUGAGCCGAGUUUUUAUUGAAAAUAAUUAUUGGUUCAAGUAUAAAUAUUUCAGCAAUAUUUUGCACAUAUUUGCUGACGUUUUCAUUAUUAAAAACAUGUCCGAUUUAAAAAAGAAAGACGUGUAAAUGUGGUUUAUCAUUACACUUGGAGUGUGUGCUACUCUUAAUGCUUUCCAAAAAAGGUUGAAAGCGAUCAUGCGUUAGCUCUAUGUGUCUGUCCGUCCAACUGUCCGUCCAUCUCGCCUGGCACGGUAAAGAUGUCUAAUAUGAACGGAAGUUGGUCACGUUGUUUUGCUAUUAGGGACUUACACCAUACACAACCGGGCACAUGUAUCAAAGGGUUGCCCAAAAACAUAGUCAUGUAAACUUAUCGUAAAGUCAGAAGUAGGCCUAUUUGUUUAGCAAGCCUGACAGUGGAGUAGCUAUCGAUGCCAACCAUCCUCCACUCACCUGCAGGGCUCAUUCGCUCAUCUAUUAAAGGCUGAUCUGUGCAGAUAGAUCAUUGGAUGAUCUGUGCAGAUAGAAAACUAUAUGUACAGGAGAACCCCUCUCAACGACGGCAAUUGGUUCCAAGAAUCCGGUCGUUAAGUGAUUUCGUCGUUAAGCGAGUAUGGAAAUUACAAGUUAAAGGGUUUAUUCGUUCCGAUAGCAUCGAAAGUUACCCUUUUUUACCCAAAAAAUUCUCAUUUUCAAUAUUUAAACAAUGGAUAUGAAUACAAAAAGAUACAACAUUAUAAACACGUGACAUUAAAAGAAACAGUUAACCAAUGCAUUAAUAUUUACAGUACGUACAACAGCCCGUCAUUAACAAGGGAAUGGUCGGUAAGCGAACACAUGGAGGCACUGCACUCCUAUCGUGACAUCGCGGAUGUCACUGUGUAAUGCCGGCCCUAGAGAGGCACGCCAUGCCAUGUAUUGACAUCGCCUGGCACCACGUAAAUGUGGGUGCAGUACCGGCCCUAGAGGGGCUUGGUGAGCACUGACUGACAGCGCUGAGUGGCACCACGCUCUGCGUGCAGUGCCGGUUCCUACAGGAUGGGGUGUGAGAGUGCCUGCCACGGGAAUGGGGUUUCUAAGGGCCGUGGCACUCUGGUUGACCCUGAAGAACACGUGACCGGUUAAGUCUACACAGGGCCCCCAGGUGGGGGCUAGGGGUGGUCACGUGUCAGGGUCGAGAUCCUGCUAGAGGAUUCCAGAAGGUGGGCGUGGCUAAGGGCGGAGCCAGCCACACCACAGGGGAUAUAAGCCGGGUCCCCCAGAGGGACCGGCUGCUGUUGUUCAUCUUGAAGAAAUCUACGUUCUUCGUUCUACGUCCUAGAGUCACCAACACGUGGACCUGGACCCAAGCUGGGGUCCUGUCCGUUGUAGCUACUCCCAGUGUAAUUAGUGCAGUUAGCCUGGUGGUCCACCACCAUAACUUGUCAUUCUGUUAAGGGGCAG